AAUUUGACCGUUUGCGGACUUAACGUAUCUCCCAUAUACUUGUUAUCUCUGACACAUACAAACAACCAUUUAUUUUCUCACUAAUUACGUUUUCAUAUUUCUUUAUUCGGUUCCCUCGCGUGUUCCCACAAUCUUGUCUGCUAUAAUCCAUCUUUAUCUCAACUAAUCAAUGUGUGAUUAAUACCUUUUCUUUCGCUCUAAAUCCCGGCCAUCCAUAUCAUUCAGUUAUGAUCUCCCCCUCUCUCUCUAUAUUAUACACACAAACAUCCAUAUAAAUUUCUCUUUGUUUUCUUCCGUUAGGUAUUGUAUGGUUUUCAACGUUCGAGUCAAUUGCUCCCUCUCAGAAGUUUUUGAAUUUCACAACUCUAGUUGCUUUGGUCUUUGACGUUUUCAAGUGGGUUUUGUCAGAAAUUUGAGUUAUGUAAACUUUGGAGAAAAUUACUGUUAUGGGUUUGUUCUGUUUUGAGAUUUGGGACCUUUGUUUUUUUUUUUCUUUUGAUAGAAAGUUGUUGUUUUGGGAAAUCUUCAUAGAAAGUUAAAGACAGAGUGUAUUUAAAGUUUUCUCUUUUUUGGUUCUAGUUUUUCCCAUUUCUUACUUCAAAUAUGACAAAUUUUCUGGGGAUUUCUUAGCAAAAUCAAGUUCAGAAAUGAUGCAUUUGUUUGCAGUUGCCAAAUGUCUACACUUCCUGGUUUAGAGGUAGGAUUCCUCGUUAGGUAUUAAUGCAUUUUGGGGGUUUCUGGAUCUGAGGGUUAAACUGGGAAAGUGGUAGGAGGUGGGUCUUUGAAUUUGAUUCACGAGAUCACAUGUUUGUCACAAGAAGGGUGUCAGGAAUUGUUCAAAUUAUCAACUGUCUCAAUUAAUAUGUUUCAGUUUAUUCAUUGGUGUGACUAUUUCUGUGUUUGACAAGUUCAAUCAGGACUUGGAAGUUACUUUGAGGCUGUGUUCAGAUCAGAGAGAGAGAGAGAGUUUUGUUCUGCUUUGAAAAAUGGGGCAUCCUGCUAUAGUUUGGGACUAUAGAGAAGCACUUGAAGUGACAAAGGACUGGAAUGGGAUUGAGGAGGUAGUGCUUCGGAACCCACAAGGAGAUUCAGCGCGGGUUAGUUUGCACGGAGGAAGGGUAGUUUCCUGGAGGAAUCAUCAGGGGGAAGAACGACUAUUCACUAGUAGCAAGGCAAUCUUUAAGCCCCCAAAAGCAGUGCGGGGAGGAUCCUCUAUAUGUUUCCCACAGUUUGGAAACCGUGGUGCACUUGAGCAACAUGGAUUUGCAAGGAACAAGAAUUGGACCAUUGAUGAAAAACCUCCAACUCUGCACCCAGAUGAUUCACAGGGCAAAUGCUUCGUUGACUUGCUACUAAAACCAUCUGAAGAAGAUCUCAAGUCCUGGCCACAUAGUUUUGAGUUUCGUCUUAGGGUUUCUCUUGCUGUGGAUGGAAAUUUGAUCUUGAUAUCGCGCAUUAGAAACAUCAAUGGCAAACCAUUUAGCUUCUCAUUUGCUUAUCACACAUACUUGUCUGUCUCUGACAUAAGUGAAGUGAGGGUAGAGGGAUUAGAAACGCUGGACUAUCUAGAUAACCUUUGCCAAAAAGAACGCUUUACUGAACAAGGAGAUGCCGUAACUUUUGAGUCUGAGGUAGAUCGUAUUUAUCUUAGUUCUCCAAAUGUGAUUGCCGUCCUUGAUCAUGGAAGGAAACGAACAUAUGUGAUAAGGAAGGAAGGGCUACCAGAUGUAGCGGUGUGGAAUCCUUGGGAGAAGAAAUCGAAAUCGAUGAUGGACUUUGGCGAUGAAGAGUACAAACAGAUGCUUUCUGUUGAUGGCGCAGCGAUGGAGAAACCUAUCACUUUGAAGCCGGGUGAGGAAUGGACAGGACGGUUGGAACUUUCAGUUGUGCGUUCAACUUUUUGUAGUGAAGACCUUGAUCCCCUCGCAUGUCAUUGAGGGAUGAUGACAACACCAGUUAUGGGCUCUUGAUAUUACAGUAGCUAGGUUGAGUCUUGAAGUUAAAUUUUGAAGUUAUGGGCUCUUGAUAUUACAGUAGCUAGGUUGAGUGUUGAAGUUAAAUUUAGGCGUAUUAGUAGGUUGAAAUGAACAAAAUAUAAUCAAGCUUUGUCUAGGGUUGUGGUAUAUCCUGUGAUAGACUAGGAAAAAAAGCCUGUGUUUUUCAAAAAUGGCUGCUCCAGCUUUUUCAUUUCUUUCUAGGUUGAGGGUUAUUUUAUUUUAUUUUAUUGGAAGACAGAAAUUUUAACAGAAAAUUGUAAUUUGAGAAUUUAACUUCUGUUAUAAACAAACAUCCAUUUCCACAUGCA